AUGUCUGACUCGAUGUGUUCAUGUUGUACACUCUUUGGAAAACCGUCGGUUCGGGUGAAUUUUAUGAUCACAACAGGUGUCCCGGGCAGUUUAGUCUAUGAACGUGUUCGUUAUUUCUUGAAAAGGUUCUCCAAAAAUUCAACGUCGACCAUUGAUACUCGUUUUACGAAUUAUGAAGUGUUGAUGGAUAUCAAUGAGAAACUGUUCACCGUACAGAAUCGUUCUUCGUCGAAUGAACAGCCAUCGAUGUCUCCUACACAACAAUGUUGUCACGGACUUACCACAAGGCACAUAUAUGAAGGUGAUCUAUCGGAUGCGUCUGAAUUAAGAAAAACUAUUCGUGAUUUUCUCAACCCAUCUGUUAGUUCGAAUGAAGAAGGAGGCGAUUCGAAGGCUCAAACAGAGAGUUGGGUUCUGUUCUAUGGACCUGCUUGUCUAGAACCUAGAUUUCUGAAUGUAUUUGUGGAACUUGCAAAUGAUAAAAGUGGACUGAUAGACUUUACACUAAAUAUCUUGUGUUUUCUCGUGAAUGAGCAACAACUUUUUGAAAAUUGGCUUCAACAGAAUCUUUCUCUCGAAGAUUACCAAGACAAUACCUAUCCUCAGUACGAACGGUCAAUGAAAACUUUCUUUGAACUAUUAAAUUCUUCGAAAUAUCUUCAACAAAAUACGCUAUUGAUCAGAGAAGAUUCGAUGGUGACUGACGACGCACUUCUAACAUUGAUACGAAAUCUUUUCCAUCAAGAAUCAUCGAAAUAUCGAGCAAGCAACGAAUUACUUCGUCGAUCUAUGUCCACACUACUUAGUCUUCGAGUUCGAACAGUUCGUGACAUACGAAACGUUCGACAAAACUUACAAGGUGGUUAUUCCACGAUCAUCUCGAAACGAUUAAAGCCACUUCUGGAUGAACUGCAACAACCGGACACAGCAGCGAAUGCCGCGCGUCAAAUAGUUAACAUUGUUCUCAAUGAAUUUGAACGUACAAAUGAAGAAGAAUUGCGCACAUAUAAGAGAUUACUGAUGAUUGGUUUCACACCUACCGAUGCUCAGAACUCUAACACCAUUGUUGCACAACUGGUUCUUUAUGCUAUUCGUUUACUUGAUGAAAAUAAUGAUUCAUUAAUUCCACUUAUCUAUUCUAUAGUUGUAUCUGUAUGUGUAUUAGCUGGUCAUUUCUAUUUUCGCCAUGAAUUAUUCAAUAAUACAGUCGAAGUUUAUACAUUGAGUUUAUUAUUGAUUAGUAGACGACAGUAUGCUUUAACUUUGGCUGGCCUUCGACUUUGCGUAACUAUUUUGCGCGGGGAUCAGAAUGAACAUAAAUAUGCUAUUGCAUAUUUAACUCAUGAUCCAUUGGCAGCGCGGAAAGUUUUAGAUUCAAUUAAAUGGCUUUUGUCACCUUUUAUCGCACUGAAAGAAACAUGGAAAGAAGAGAGCGAAAAGAAGACCGACGAGAACGAAAUUGUGAAUGUGAAUAGGGAAAAAUCAGUAGCGGGUAUCGCUGAGAAAUUCUGUAUUUCUCACGUGAAAAUUUUAUUUGAACGAUCCUAUUUACGUGGCUUGGCGUCUUUGUUCUAUGGUUCAGCAGAUCAUUGCAGAUUGGUGAAUGAAGAUGACAUACACCAUUUUACCGAAGUGAUCGAUAUUUUAGCGAAUUCUCCAUUGUCCAGAUGGGUACACAGUGACACAAAGUCUCGAUUCAGUUUCAUACUAAUUGGUCAUCUAUGUUCUCUUUUGACCCCGAUUAUUCAAUACAGUCCACCGAACGUUAUUUCAGUACUAAAAAGAAAACACAGUUUGUUGACGGCUAUUCCAAAAACGAUUGAAGGUUUAUCUAAAUCAGUUGAUAUCGACGAGAACAUGGUUGGCAUAUGUGUUCGUUUUUAUACACGACUCGUGCAACUAAUAGGCAAACAGGAAAAGACUGACUACGAUGAUGAUGAUGACGACGACGACGACGACGACGACGACGAUGAUGAUGAUGAUGAUGAAGACGAUCGUGGUGGCAGUCAAGAAGCGAGGAUUUUAUCACCAGCACGAUCAACUGAUUCUAUUCUUCCUGUAGCAGAUUCAUUGAAUCUUUCAAAGGAUUUGAUAUCAUCGUAUUUCAACAUGUACAAGAGCAUUCAAAGACCAAUCUUAUUAGAUGAAAAGAUUUCUCAAGAAGAGCAGAUCAAAGUAUUCUUUGACCAAGAGUGGAAAAAAAUUGAUGUUUUACAGUUACAACAUGAUUAUGAACAGCUCAAAGAAAACUAUACUUCAGUCAAUGAAGAACUGACAGAAUUAAGAAACGAAUUGCAACGAACUCAAACAGAAAACGAACAGUUCAGAAAAGAAAACACGCGAUUAGCGAAAGAGAUUGAUUAUCAGAGAACUAUGUCUCGAAGUAGCAUCACAAUCCAGUCUCAACCAACGCCAAUUCCUGUCUUGACCGAUGUGAAUAAUCAGAAAAGUAUCAUAGACGAAUUACAGAAUCUAUCAUCAGCUAAAAUUUCUAUUGCACAAGCCGAACAAUGUAUUCAAGAGCUUUAUCAUCGGCGAACGACAUUCAAUGAUCCAGAUAUGCGAAAGUCGAUUUGUGGAUCACUCAAACAUCUUGGUUCGGAUCUUUACAGUUCGUCCGUACAUUUUCUGCACGAACUCAUUCAGAAUGCUGAAGAUAAUUUUUACGAUGCUACAGUUGUUCCCUGUCUACGUAUUGAGCUGGAUCAUAGGUAUAUUCUUUUCUCCAACAAUGAACAAGGUCUACGAACACGUGAUGUAGUAGCCAUUUGUAGUUUAGCCGUUAGCACUAAAAGUUCUGGCGACCAACAUAUCGGCGAAAAAGGUGUAGGUUUCAAAUCGGUUUUCGCUGCAUCCAACCAACCGAUGUUAUUUUCACAUGCAUGGAAAUUCGGUUUCAAAGUUCCCGGCGUCGAUGCUAUGGCAUAUAUCACUCCUAUAUGGAUAAAAGAUUAUGAUAUACCUGAUUGUGUUUCAAGACAGCUCUCUGUUCAUCCACAUUACACUCAUCUCUAUCUGCCACUCAAACUUCAAACACAUACAGCCGAGGCCAACCUAUUUCUCAAUCAAGUCGUCAAAGCUGCAGAUCCGUGUAUACUUCUCAAUAUGCGUCAUUUGAAGAAGCUUGAGAUAAUGGAUCAACGAGAAAGUAAACUGACGACGAUUGAAAAACAGUCGAUUGGUCCGACGAAACUUGAACCCAAGUCCAAUAUCACAUUUGAAAACUUGACUUUUCAUGAUCUGAAUGGAACAGUAAUCAAAUUGUAUUGUUCGCCAGGAUUUCAUACAUUCCGUGUAUAUACCUGUUAUGUCAAUGUUCCGAAUUCAAUCGAUCAACGCAAAUCACCGAAAACACGAUUAACUAUCGCAUUUCCCUGUGAAAAUGAUUAUUGUCUCACAAGUACAGUUUAUACCGGCUUACCUGUUUGCGAUCUUGGUUUUAAUUUUCUAUUCAAUGCUGACUUUCAGCUGGUGACAAGUCGCGAAAACGUGCGAGAAAAUGCCCCAUUGAAUUCAUUUAUUCGGGAUCAUUUAGCAACGCUCUUCGUUUAUCUCUUACUGGCUGAUUUAGAUUUAAGAAAAGACAUUAGCCGAUACUGUCCUUCAUCCACUACACAUCAAGUUAAACAUUCCUCUUGGUGGCUUGUGAUGAUCGACAGAAUCAAUGAGCUGAUAACGAAACAUCUGCCUGCAUUAUUUGAUAUUCGAUCUGGUAAAGCAAUUCGUCAUUCGAACAAAGAUAUCGCCUCGCUUGUAUCGAACGAACAACUGUACAAUUGCGCUGACAUACAAGUAAUCAAUGCAGACGAUGAAUUUCUGACAACGGAACGAUUGAAAUCCUUUCAAAUUCAAUCAGUAUCUAUCCUAGAUGUUUUAAAUUGUUUUCCCAAUUCGAACGAACAGAGGGCAUCGAACAAAAACGAGUUUUAUCUAUGGGCACAAAAACAAGAUGAAAGUUGGUGGCAUCAACUAUACCGUCAUAUUGAACAAACAACAACACCUGGUAUUUUUGAAGCAAUGUUACAGAAGCCCAUCUUUCUAUUUGAUAAUGAUCACCGAAGACAGUACUUACCAACGAAAAACGAUGGCACUCGUUUACUUCUCUUCAUCACUGAUGACCCAGCGUUUCGAAUGUGGAAAAGACAAUUAACAUUACUCAGAUAUUCUUCCCUAUCUGAGAAGAAUGCGCUUUUAAAAUCCACUUACAUCCAAUUGCUUACCGAUGAGCGAAUCAUGGAAAUUAUACAUCAAGAUCAUCUACAACUAUACCUGUCACUCCGCAACAGCAACGUAGAUGCUAAAUUAAUCGACGAAAUAUGGAAGGAUUUGGCUUAUUUAAAAUCUCAAAUAGCUAAACUAGACAAAUCGAAACCAUUCUUAGUACCAGUCAAUGAUCAAACCAAACUCAUUCCUAUCCAAUAUGCCAUAGUACCAACCAUCUUAGGAGUGGACAUUCGUUCCUUUAUGUAUCCAACAACAUCAUCUCUUAUCGCAUAUCCAUACCAUAACUUUCCAAGUCAUUCGUUAAUCAACAUUUUAGAUUGGGAGCAUUUUCUAUUAGAAAUGAAUUGUCAACGGCCAUCUAUUUAUCUUCCUCCGACUUAUACGAUCACAUCUUUACCGCUUUUGCCCACAUUGACAUCAUUCAAAGAUGAAAAAUGUGCUCGAUUGGCGGAAUUUAUUCUUUCUGCACAAACUCCAAAAACUAAAGAUUGUCUUCGUCAAUUUCCUAUCGUCGACAAUUCCACUCCGAAACAACAGAUCACUCCUGUUUCUGCUGCCUUCGACGAAAGCAUAGUUCGCGAUUUACCAUCCUUACCACGCCUCAUCAUCCCUUCUCACUGUCAAUCUUUAGCAAAAGAGUUGGGUGUCUGUGUGGAAUAUGAUCUUCGUACGUGUGCAACUAUACUUCAAUUAUUGAGUGACGAAAAACACAGCAACAUCGAUCUGUACAUUCAAUGGUUAGGACAUCUACAACUAUAUGCUCGUCAGCAACGAAAUCAAUUUGAUCCCAAAAAUCUGCUCGCCUCUUGUCGUUUGUAUCUACCUGAUCAAAAAGACUUCUAUUCAUUGGAACAACUUCUUAUCGUAUCUAGUGACACAAAGCAUCUCAAUGGAAUAUUGUCUGUUGCUAAAUAUCUCAAACUACAACUUAUUUCACCGUCACACAACCAAAUCUAUUGGCAAUUUAAAGAGUUGUUCAGUCUGUUAGAUUGCACAUGCAAAAUUAACAUUAGUCAUGUGUAUAAAACGAUUUAUCUCGCAAGUCAAGAUAAAACAAAUUUCUUCGUUUUGGGUGAUUGUCUUACAACUUUAAAUGAUAAUGGAUUGGAAACGAUGAUAACUCUAUUCCAAUAUUUAGAAGAAUUAAUACUAGAACGUGUUAAAGAUAACAAAGACAAUCAUCCGGAUUUGUAUCGUACCAUCGUUGAAAGAAAACACCCAUCAGCUCCCGAUGGCAGUCGAGAAGAUUUGGAAUGGCGUUUUAGUUUCACUUGUAAUUCUCUAUCACAACAACUGAAAGAUUUAAUUGAUCUACCAUCGAAAGGACCGAAAAUUGGCCUUCUUACCAUCGAUCGACAACUGAUUCCCAAAGAAGCAGGUACAAUUAUAUAUGCAUGUUUAGAAACGAAGAUCAUUCAAAAUCUAUUGCGAAAUUUCGGCAAACGCAGUUUUUUUUUACCACUUAUUGCACGUACGUGCCCAUUAGUUUUGGCAACAUACGACAUUGAUUAUCUUGAACGACGUGGUAAACUUCUCUGGGUGCAUAAAAAUCAUAAUCUGGAAUACAGUCUUAAACAAUUGACAGAUAUCUUUCGUUACACACUCAAUGAUCCAGCUAUCGAAGUUGUGUCAGCGAAAUAUGCCAGUGUCAGUGUGCUUCUUUCGGAUUCAUUUAUAAUUAAACCAGCUAACGAAGACAACGAAAACGAAAUUGAUGAAUAUAUGGUUGAUAGUGACUAUCCGUUUUGGAUAUUCGACAAAAUGGUUCUUCUAUGCACUGGAAACGUAGAAAGUGAUGCAUCCAAAGCCAUCAUUGCUACAUCUGCUUUAGCUACUCUUCUACAUAAGCGAAAAUAUCUCUCCUUUGACGACGCAAAAUUGAUCGCUCGAAGAGAAAUUAGUAACUGCACGACAUUUCGAUCCGAACAUCUGUCGAGUAUUGCAAGUAGUAAGACCACUAUUCAUUCAUAUACAGACGUGCUCUUUCCUGUUGAUCAUCAGACAAUCGAAUCGAUGGUUAUCUCCAUCGGAAAACAUUGUACUACGGAAGAAGAUUUGGAAGACGAUACAGGAGCCAUGGUUGCAGCUGAACGACGUGGCAUCGAUCGGAUCUAUCGUGAUUCCGUACAAAAUCAAAAUCACCUUUCUCAACGCGAAAAUAAUCCGAACCAAUGGUCAGAUCCGAGGAUUGUCGAUGGUAUUGAACACAUCAAAAUUGGUCGUCACGCCGAACAUUUCUUUUUUACUUACUUACAACAGUGUUAUGGCGCAAUAGACGUGACACCAACGAAAAAUUGGCGUUCAUCAGCACGUCGUGAUAUCUAUCCAAAUUAUUCGAGAAAUAUUGACGAUUCAGUUGGCUAUGAUUUUGAAUUACAAGAUUUUCGCGAAAUAUUUGUUCGUGGUACAGGAUCAACAAGUAAAUAUUGCUAUUUCGAAGUGAAAGGUACCAGUGGAGUGUUUUCGAAAGAGAAUACUCAUUUUCAUAUAUCCGACAAUGAAUUAAAUACGUGCGAAGCGAUUGCAAAAGACCCGAAAAGACGUGAGCGCGAAGCUUAUUUCAUUGUUAUUAUACAAAACUGUCUGGACCCAGAGAAAAUUUCAUUCGGUGCAACUAUUAACUGGAGUGAUAACUUUCAACGAAUAGCAGGUGUACCAGAUAGUUACAAAUGUAGAAUUGCUUUACCUUUAGAGAGAAGUAUCACUCAUUCGAAACCUCAAGUACCUGAAGUCAAUACUCAUCAUCAGACGCAACCAUCGCAGACGCGUCAGGAAAGGGGUGUGAUUGUUGACGAUAGAAAACCACCUGUUCAUCCUGAAACAGUGAUUGCCCCAACUUCCGCAACCAAUCAACCAAGCAAGUUUCCUCAACACAAGCCACCUCGUACAUGGAGACCGAAACGACAAUUACCACAAGCCCCUCAAAAAGAUCUGCCUCAACAGACUCCGCCUUCUGAGCUAAGUCAACUACCUCCCUCGAAUCUAGUUUCUCAACAAAAAUCGGCUCUUUCACGAAAACAAAAACGACAACAUGUACACUUCGCUGACGAAACUCAACUACCUCCUUCCAAUCCACCACCCCAAGAAAAUCGAUCUCAAAAUCCAAAUCAAACUCCUCAAUCAAAUCCACCUCAGGAGAAUCCACCACCUCAACAAAAUCGGUCUCCUCAUUCAAAUCCAAUUCCUCCAAAAGGUUCAUCUGCACAAAGUUCAAUUCCUUCUUCCAAUCCACCUCCUCAACAACACCGACCUAAAGCAAACCCGACACCUCAACAAAACCUACCACAACAAAUUUCACCUUCUGGCCCAAAUCCAGUUUCUCAGCAACGGCCCACCGUAAAUCCCACCGUACAACAGAAUCCACUUCCAUCACCGAAUCUAACUCCUCAACGAGCACAGUUACUACAUCCGGAUCCAUUAUUCGUUCAAAGUCCAUCUCCUCAACCGCCUAGACCUUCACUUGCCACUCAAGCUAUGCAAGAGAAUCCACAACCUCGUCCAAAUCCAUUUUCUCACCAAAAUCCAUCGUCUCCCCGAGCUCCACUUCCAAUUCUUAAUCCACCUCCACUGAUGACUCCACCACCUCAACAGUAUCGAGGUUCUCAUCCGAAUCUACACCUUCCACGCAAUCCGCAACCUCGGAAACACUCUACAGUGCGAAAAAAAUAA